AUGCUUGUUGAAGAGCAAGAAAAUGUAAAGAGAGUUCAAUUGUCAAACAAGUACUUGAAAGAAGCAACUCUUGGAGAUGCAAAUGAGGAUGCCAUCAAGUCAGGAAACUUCUAUGAUUGGUCGAGUUUACCAGAACAUCUUUUCGACCAAGUUUUUGGUAACUUGGAAACAGUAAAACAGUGUUUGCAAUUCAGUGGUGUUUGUAAGUGUUGGCACAGUGUGGCAAAGGAUAACCAAAGGAAACUUGUGGAAUUGAGUUUUCACAAUGUACCAAUGUUGUUGGUUCCUAACAAACACAAAGAAGAUGAUAAUAAGGAUGAAUGGAGUGUGUAUGAUGUGUUGUCAGACAAGUUCUUAAUCUCAAAUUUAUUACUUCCUCCAUAUGAUCAUUCUUUUGGUGGCUCUUCACAAGGAUGGUUACUUACCCUUGAUGACAAUUUAUCUUUAACGCUCUAUAAACCCUUUGUUGGAAUUAGUAUUAAUGAUGUUAUUCACCUUCCUCCAAUAUCAUCAACUCCCAUGGAUAAGGGACUAUUGGAAGGGAUUGCUAAAUAUCGUCAAUACUAUGUUAUGAAGAUGUCUAUACACACUCCUGAUCCAAUAGCCAACCCUAAAGAUUUAAUCAUUGCAGUCAUAUUUGGACAAUACAAGUUGGCUUAUAUCAGGCCACUCAAACAACUUACUUGGUCUCAAAUUGAUAUACAAUCACCCUUUGAUGAUCUUGUGUAUCACAAGAACAAAUUUUACGCCAUAACUCUUACUAGCCAACUUGCAUCUUUCGAUGUUGACAACAAUGUUAACUUUUUUGCCGAUUCUACUAUUCCAGACGAUGAUUAUGACUGUUAUGAACCAGUAGUAGGAAGAAGUUCUUGUUACAAGAGAUACUUGGUAGAAUCAUUAGGAGGAGAUCUUCUGCAUGUUAAAAGGUAUGAAAGGUAUACUCGUGCUUUUUAUAACUGUGUGACUAUCAAGUUUAAAAUUUACAAGUGGAGUUCGGAGAAAUGGAUUGAGAUAAAAAGCAUAGGCGAUAGUGCUUUGUUUUUGGGUGAUAACACAUCAGUGUGUGUGUUGGCAUCAAACUUUGUUGGUUGUGAGAAGGACUCGAUAUAUUUCAUUGAUGACAAAGAUACCAUUGACUAUGCACAUAAAGGUCAAAUGGAUCUUGGUGUGUACAAUAUUCAAACAAGAGUUUGUAGUCGAAGGGGUUUCAAUUUUGAUGCAGCAACCAUUCCCAAAACACGUGGUCGCCAACCAAUUUGGGUUUUACCUACUUUAUCUAUAUAG